GAUUGGAACACCUGAAUCACAUGAUUGGGAGGGGAUUGGAACACCUAAAUCACAUGAUUGGGAGGGGAUUGGAACACCUGAAUCACAUGAUUGGGAGGGGAUUGGAACACCUAAAUCACAUGAUUGGGAGGGGAUUGGAACACCUGAAUCACAUGAUUGGGAGGGGAUUGGAACACCUGAAUCACAUGAUAUGGAGGGGAUUGGAACACCUGAAUCACAUGAUAUGGAGGGGAUUGGAACACCUGAAUCACAUGAUAUGGAGGGGAUUGGAACACCUG